AUGCGGAUUUGCAGAAGUGCCGGUACUGCUGAUGCCACCCAUAAUGUACGGAUAGUGAGUAUGGAGAAGAGUGUUUCAUGCGGCUCUCCUGGAUAUGGCCAAGAUGUUAUACGGUGGGCACUGCGAAAGCAUAUGAUUCCAGAGGUAUACAUUCAAUGGAUAAGGAUGAUCUAUCGCGAAGUCACGUACCAGGUGCAAACUGCAGCAGGGAGAUCAAAACCAUUCACCCAUAAAGACCGGCGCACAUCUGGGAUCGGUGCUCCCUCCCCUCUUAUCAUAACAGUCAUGGACGCAGUGACGGGAAGUCUUGAGCGACAGCCUCCAUGGGCUCUCCUGUAUGCAGACGAUGUGGUGUUAAUGGCAGAAAACAGAAAAUAA